AUGGAGAUGGAUUGGGCAUCGGAUGUCGAAAUCCUCCAAGAACGAUCUCGUCAAGGAGUGCAAUUUACUCCAUCCGAUCGCGAGGCGCUGUCCAGAGCGCUCUCAGACUCUCAACAAAGACUAUCAGAACUCCUCCGCGAAGCCGAUCAACUGCGACGGACGAUCGCUCACCAGCAAUCGUCUCUUUCCCCCCUCCGACUUCUACCCACCGAGCUGCUCGUUCGCAUUUUGCGGCUCGCUAUUGUCCCUGGGAUGGUAAUCCAAUACGAUGAGACUAGCGCACCAUGGAACAUCGGCGCCGUGUCCAGACAUUGGCGGGAUGUCCUCUACUCGACUCCAGAGCUCUGGACGGCGAUAGAGAUAGAUUGGAAUAGAUGGAAUCGUCCACUGGCUCUCGAUGCGGAGAAUACGCCAUACCCAGCAAGGGUCGCCCAAUUUCUAGAACUCUCUUCUGCCCUACCACUUCUCAUCAACGUUCCGUCCUAUCCCAACCUUGUUUGGGGCACGCAAGCCGAAGAGCCACAGCGCCAGGCGUGGACGCCAAUUUACCGCCGCCUGGAGGAUGAACUGCUCACCAGGUGGUCGGGUUCCGUUGACGCGCAAUUCCUGCGCCAACUAUGGAAGUUCCGUGCCAACGCUACGCUCACGCUUCCGAUGAUCACCGGGUUGAGAAGAAUGGAUGAAUUUGUAUUGGAAGACCUGAUCACGGAGGCGAACAUCAACCUCAGAAUUCCGCAGCUACAAGAUAUUAUCCUCAAAGACAUUUGGAGGAUCGACGCGAGAGUGGAGAACGAGUACCUGGCCAACAUCAAGCGACAUGCGACGGCGUUCCUAGGCGACCACGCCAGCAACCUCCGCGCCUUGGAGUUUAGAGGCCAACUCGAAGCGCUGGCGUUCGUCUCCCAAUGCCCGUCGAGCCAGCACAUCAUGAAGUCGGUCGAAUCCUUGAGGAUCCAACAAUCCUUGAGCUUCCCUGGCUCCCUUCAAGAUCGUGAAGAAGACUUCGGACGCAUCCUCGUCCCUAGCAUCCGCCAUCUGUUCAUCGCGGACUAUCCUGGUGUUGUCGCUGCCUAUUUGCAAAAGAUGAAAAUCCCGACCAUCAAGUCUUUGCAGCUUGUCAUCAAGACAACACCGUUACACAACGACGUUCUACCCCCAGCGCUUCUGGAUUUUUUGCGAAUUCCAAGCGAGGCUGGAGGCUUGGAGUCGCUUUGCUUGGCCGGUAUCGAUAUACCAGAAGGGUCCUUACCAGAAAUUUUGAACGAACUCGAUACCCUGCGAGAACUAGUGCUAUGGACACUUCCGCACGACAUCGAAACCGCACUCACCACCUCAACAGCAAUACUACCGGCACUCCGACGCUUAACGAUCCUGGACAACACGAAGAAUUCGACUGAGACAUCGGUCCUUGUGGAGAUAUUGGGAGCACGGCACCCUGGUGCUCGCGUUUUCUCCUUCAAGUCAUUCAAAAGAACCUGGGCAUUCGUCGACGGGGGGAAUUUGUCUGCAUUUGACGAGGAGUCGCUGGCGUUUGACUACCGGCUGCCAGCUGAGGCUUGGAUGCAGCACCGAUUGGAGCUUGUGUGGUUGUAGCGGGAAGUCGGACUCGGUCGGCACUGGUUUG